GGGCCGGUGGGGAGGCCCGGCCUGGGUGAGGAGGUCCGGGGACACGGGGCGAGGGAGGGGGCUGUGGGCCGCGGUGGCCGCUGACGGAGUGUGACCGCGGCCGUCUUCCGGGACGUGUGGGCGCGGCGUGGGCUCUGUUCACCUGUCCGCAGCCGCCGCCCUCCCCUGUCUCGGGUCCUCUCGUUGUGCCCGGCUGAUCAGUUUGCGCUGAUCCUUCGCCUCUUUUCCCAAACUUUUGAUUUCCUCCCACCAGCACCCCUUCACGACUCGGUCCCCACCUAGUCCGUCUGCGCCUCCGCCACCCACUCUGGCCACCCCCAGUGAUGGGCUGCUUACUUGGCCCCCGCCCCCAGGAAGACUUUCAGUUCCUGUGAAGGCUUGCAUCUUCUAUCUCGGUCUGAGCCUCAUUGAAAUAAACUGAGUAGAGUCCCUCCUCCCCUUCCCCUCUUCUCAGAUCCAGAGGCUUUCUCUUGCUACCCUGGUUUGGACUGGUGAGGGUGUCACUGCGGCCUUUCUCCCCUGCAGAAGGACCAUGGACGGCUCCUUCGUCCAGCACAGCGUGAGGGUUCUGCAGGAGCUAAACAAGCAGCGGGAGAGGGGCCAGUACUGUGAUGCCACCUUGGACGUGGGGGGCCUGGUGUUCAAGGCACACUGGAGUGUUCUUGCUUGCUGCAGCCACUUCUUCCAGAGCCUCUAUGGGGAUGGCUCAGGGGGCAGUGUGGUCCUCCCCGCUGGCUUCGCAGAGAUCUUUGGCCUCCUGUUGGACUUUUUCUACACUGGUCACCUUGCUCUGACCUCAGGGAACCGGGAUCAGGUGCUCUUGGCAGCCAGGGAGUUGCGAGUACCCGAGGCUGUAGAGCUGUGCCAGAGCUUCAAGCCCAAAACCUCAGUGGGACAGGUGCCAAGCGGCCAGAGUGGACUGGGAAAAGCUGGCCCCCGGGAUGUGAACAACCACCUCAAGGAGCCAGCAGGCUUGGAGGAAGAGGUGUCGCGGACUCUGGGUCAGGUCCCCAGGGAUCAGGAGCUCAGUGGCAGUCCCAGCCCCCAGAGGCCCCAGCUCGGUCUCCCUGCUCAGAGCGAGAGCCCCUCCUUCCUCCGUGGGAAACUCAAACAGGCCCUGAAGCUUCAUCCCUCCGAGGACAAGGAGCCUGAGGAUUGCAAAGUGCCCCCAAGGCCCUUCGAGGCUGAAGGUGUCCAGCUGCAGGGCGGGAGUAAUGAGGUUUUCUCCGAAUCUAAGAAGCCGGCUCCAUUCUGCAGCCUCAGGCUGAUCUGUCGGCGAGUCGUGUCGGUGGUUGCCAGCUUCUUGGGGUGGAGUGGGCACAUCCAGUCUUUCCCCAAGUGGGAAGUGGUGGUUCAGGUUGAGGACGACGGGGAUGGCGAUUACGUUUCUGAGACUGAGACUGAGGCUGUGCCAACCAGGAGGAAAUCAAACGUAGUGAGAAAGCCCUGUGCUGCCGAGCCGGCCCUGAGCGCAGGCUCCCUGGCAGCCGAGCCUGCCGAGAACAGAAAAGGUACAGCGGUGCCGGUCGAAUGCCCCACAUGUCAUAAAAAGUUCCUCAGCAAAUAUUAUCUAAAAGUUCACAACAGGAAGCACACUGGGGAGAAACCCUUUGAAUGUCCCAAGUGUGGAAAGUGUUACUUUCGGAAGGAGAACCUCCUGGAGCAUGAAGCCCGGAACUGCAUGAACCGCUCGGAACAGGUCUUCACGUGCUCCGUGUGCCAGGAGACCUUCCGCCGGAGGAUGGAGCUUCGGGUCCACGCAGUGUCCCACACGGGGGAGAUGCCCUACAAGUGCUCCUCCUGCGCCCAGCAGUUCAUGCAGAAGAAGGACUUGCAGAGCCAUAUGAUCAAGCUGCACGGAGCCCCCAAGCCCCAUGCUUGUCCCACUUGUGCCAAGUGCUUCUUGUCCCGAACGGAACUGCAGCUGCACGAGGCUUUCAAGCAUCGUGGGGAGAAGCUGUUUGUGUGCGAGGAGUGCGGGCACCGGGCUUCGAGCCGAAACGGCCUACAGAUGCACAUCAAGGCCAAGCACAGGAACGAGAGGCCGUAUGUCUGUGAGUUCUGCAGCCACGCCUUCACCCAGAAGGCCAACCUCAACAUGCACCUGCGCACACACACGGGCGAGAAGCCCUUCCAGUGCCACCUCUGUGGCAAGACCUUCCGCACCCAAGCCAGCCUGGACAAGCACAACCGUACCCACACCGGCGAGAGGCCCUUCAGCUGCGAGUUCUGCGAGCAGCGCUUCACGGAGAAGGGGCCCCUGCUGAGGCACGUGGCCAGCCGCCACCAGGAGGGCCGGCCCCACUUCUGCCAGAUCUGCGGGAAGACCUUCAAAGCCGUGGAGCAGCUGCGCGUGCAUGUGAGGCGGCACAAGGGGGUCAGGAAGUUCGAGUGCACCGAGUGUGGCUACAAGUUCACGCGCCAGGCGCACCUGCGGAGGCACAUGGAAAUCCACGACCGGGUGGAGAACUACAACCCACGGCAGCGCAAGCUCCGGAACCUGGUCAUUGAGGACGAGAAGAUGGUGGUGGUGGCCCUCCAGCCGCCUGCCGAGCUGGAGGUGGGCUCGGCCGAGGUCAUCGUGGAGUCUCUGGCCCAGGGCAGCCUGGCCUCCCAGCUCCCUGGCCAGAGACUGUGUGCGGAGGAGAGCUUCACGGGCCCGGGCGUCAUGGAGCCCUCGCUCAUCAUCACGGCCGCCAUCCCCGAGGACUGUGACACAUAAUCCCCUGCCCGCCUCAGCCUGCUGGGCCCCAGCCCCCAAUAAACCACGUGACUUUGGA